UUUUGACAAGGCAAAUAUUGACGUUGCUGCUGAUAAUGUUGAUGUGAUGAAGAAUUUGCUGAAAGAACAUUCGACGACCGGCAAAACAAUUUUCAAUGCAGAGCAAGAGAGUGUGCUGAUGAAAUACCUUCUUGACGCCAGCAACAUCAACUAUGGAUUGAGUUUGAAGGAACUGCGAAAACUUGCAUAUGAAUAUGCUAAUAAGAUCGGCAUUUCGUAUCCGAACUCAUGGAAUGCCAACAAAGAGGCAAGUACGGAUUGGCAAUUGGCCUUCAUGAAACGUCACCGGAAUUUGUCAUUACGAACAGCGGAACAAGUGAGUCAGAAUCGUGCAAAGUCUUUCACCAAAGAGAAUGUCGAUGCCUUCUUCAACAAUCUGUCGUCUGUGCUCAGUGCCACCCAGUUCGAAUCGCAUCGAAUUUGGAACAUGGACGAAUGUCCAUGCCCGACUGUGCCAACGAAAGUAGUCAAAACAAUUGCACCGAAAGGAAAAAAGCGUGUAGGAACAUCAACAUCUGCCGAGAGAGGCACAAAUGUGACUCUAGCAUUGUCCAAUGACACGCUACAGCGUAAUGAAGAAAAGGGCUAG